AUGGGCUUCACCGAUCUGACCACCGACGCCGGCCUUGCCGCUCUUGAGAGCUGGGUUCUCACUCGCUCCUACAUUGAGGGCCACUCUGCCUCUCAGGCCGAUGUUGCCGUCUACAAAGCCCUCAGCGGCGCUCCUGAUGCUGAGAAGUACCCCAACGCUGCUCGUUGGUACAAGCACAUCGCCUCGUUUGAGGAUGAGUUCGCCACCCUCCCCGGCGAUGCCAGCAAGCCCAUCAGCGCCUACGGCCCCGAGACCGUCGACGUGACUGUCCAGCCCAAGGAAAAUGAGGAGGGCGGUGAUGAGGACAUCGACCUCUUCGGCAGCGACGAGGAGGAGGAUGCUGAGGCUGAGCGUCUCAAGGCCGAGCGCCUGGCUGAGUACAACAGAAAGAAGGCUGCCAAGCCCAAGGUUAUUGCCAAGUCGCUUGUCACUCUCGACGUCAAGCCUUGGGAUGAUGAGACUGAUCUCGUUGCCAUGGAGGCUGCUGUCCGUGGCAUUGAGAAGGAUGGCCUUGUCUGGGGUGCCAGUAAGCUCGUCCCCGUUGGCUUCGGUGUCAAGAAGCUCCAGAUCAACCUCGUCGUUGAGGACGAGAAGGUCUCUCUCGAUGAGCUUCAGGAGGAGAUCCAGGGGUUCGAGGACUACGUCCAGUCUACCGAUAUCGCUGCCAUGCAGAAGCUCUAA